AUGGACAGUGGCACUGAGUGCACCCUCAGCAAGUUUGCUGAUGACAUCAAGCUGUGUGGUGCAGCAGACAUGAUGGAGCAAUUGAAAAGCAGCGUUGUCCUGGAGUCCUGUAUACCCCAAAAUUCCUCUCCCUCUGUGGUUCGAAUGGGAGAGGAAAAGGAACGAAAAGACCUGUUUGCCCCAACCUUGCCCUGCAGACGUGAAGGGGAGUUCACCCCUGCCUGCAUAGAUUCUGCAGAAGGAGCCCCUGGCGCUCUGCUCCGAAGGAGGCUUCCCAUCGUUAGCACCCUUUAUGCAUGUUCAAUAGGCCUUAACGACCCUCGGAUGACCUCUGAAACAGAGGGAGGGGACAAGCAGCUGGACCACCCUUCUUUUCAGCCAGCCGACUCACCUGUGACUCUUACCUUAAAGGCCAUGGCCACGGUGGAGAGGCUUUUCUGUUUGUUGGAAGCUCACGGAGCUCGCCCGUCCGUGGAAGGGCUGGGCUGGGCCCGUGAGAACUGGAGUAACUGCCAGAGUGUGGCGGAUCGGAUUGUGGCCCUGCAGAAAGAGGCACGGGCCAAGUCGGGAAAGGGCAAAGCCUUCAUCUGUGCAGUUUUGGGUGCGUGUUUGGCUGCUUCAAUAGAUGAAAAGCAAAGCCAAAACGGACGAGAGAAUAAAAUCAUUUCCUCCUUGCAGGAGCUGGUAGAUUCCCUGCAAGGGCAUAUUGUAACUUUAAAGGACGAAGUGGCAGAUCUUAAGGAUAGAUUAAAAACAGAACAGAAGUGGCAAAAGUGGUUUUUGAAGGAGGAAGAGUUAAAGCAGACAGAGCCUGCCUCCAUAUACCCCCAGGCAGAACUGGCAGCAGCAGAGGAAGCUGCUGCUCACAUGCGUCCUCUCAUUAAAACUGAGAUGCUGUACGAGGAUGAGGAUGGCACCCCUGCCAUCACAACCAAAGAGAUACCCUUUUCUUCCACUGAGCUGGCCAAACUGCGUAAAGAGUUUGCACGUUCGGCUGGAGAGUCUGAGGUGGAAUAUGUAUGGCGUGUCUCUAGAACUGGAGGUGAUCAAAUUAGGUUGACAGAGGCUGAAGCUACAGGCUAUUGGGGUGCUAAUGUGUUCCUAACUACGGGCAAUAGGAGUGGUCCCUGGAGCCUUACUCAGCGAGCAGCUUUCUGGGCUGGGGGUUUUGAUUCAAAGGAGAGAGGAGAGCCUCUAGUUCUGAGGGGAGGCAUGAAUCAGAUGAUGGAAAAUGUGCAGAAGGCAGCUUGUUUGCAAAUGGUCUAUGAUCGAGAACUGAAACAUCAUUUUGAAUCGCCCCUUUCUCUCUUGGUGGACCCGAAGCGAAUGACCCCCCUGGUGAGGGGACUUCCUGACUCCCUUAAGAUGAAAGGCAUUCAGCUCCAAAAGGAGAUAGCUGACACCCCACUUACCUCCCGAAUACAAGCUACUCUGAGGGAGAACUUAACACCCGGGAGGAACCAGCCCGAUGGCAGACAAUGGACGUGGGAGGAGGUGGCUAGAGAGCUAUUAGAUUAUGCCAGGCAGUAUGGGGUGCCUGAGGAAGUUCAUAAGCCUGAGACUAGAGGCUUGAGGCAUGUGGAAAUUAAUCACCCACUGCCAAGUGCAGAUCCCCGGAGCCAGAUGCUUCGAAUCCCCAAACGACACUCGACUGGGGGGAGGGAGCACCUGAACACUAGACACUAUUGGUGGGGGCUAGGCCGGAAGAAAGGUAUCCCAAAAGAAGUGAUUGAUGGGUUAUCUUCAGUGCAGUUGGAAAUCGUUGUAAAAAACUGGCCAGAGUCUAGCCAGAAACCCGAGCCCACUGCACCCCCCUUGAUAGACUUAUCUGAUGUGGGGAAAGGCGUGCCCCCUUCUCAGCCUCAGAGGAGCUGA